AUGUUUACAGCUAAAUACUCUUGUAUAGACGUGGUUGGUACUCUGACAAGACUAAUCAAGGGUUCCAGAAAGUUGAUUUUUAUUGAUCAUCCUUCACGUUUAAAUGAAUAUAUUGAACCUGAUCAACAAAGACUACCAGCUGGAACAUUAGUUCUGGAAGAAGAUUUACGUGUAUUCAAUGGAGCUUUGAAAUUAUCACACAAGGACACAAAAGUAGCUAUAAAAGUGUGCACCAAUGCUAUUCAAGUCACAUCAACUGAAAAAACCAAAGUUCUUGGUCAUUCAGUAAUUUUAAAUGAUGUAUAUUAUGCAUCAGAAAUUGAAGAAGUUUGUUUAGUUGACAAUAAUCAAUUCACACUGACUAUAUUAAAUGAUAAUGGACCAUUGUCUUUUAUACAUGAUGCAUGCGAUUCUAUUGUUCAAGCAAUUAUUCAUAUACGCACUAGAUGGGCAUUAUCUCAACCUGACACGCCAGCAAUUCAUGCUAAAAUUCGUCCACGUGAUGUUCCAGGGACAUUAUUAAAUAUAGCAUUACUCAAUCUUGGCAGUUCAGAUCCAAAUCUACGUUCAGCUGCAUAUAACUUGCUGUGUGCAUUAACGCAAACAUUUAAUUUAAAAAUUGAAGGACAACUCUUAGAAACAAAAGGACUGUGUAUACCUGGAAAUAAUACCCUCUUCAUUACUGAGAUUAGUAAUCGUUUAGCUCAACUAGAACCUCAUUUAACUUUGGAAUUUCUUGAAGAAUGUAUUCAAGGUUUCAGUCGAUCAAGUAUUGAAAUGAAACAUCUGUGCUUGGAAUAUAUUACACCAUGGUUACCGAAUUUAACACGAUUCUGUCGUUCAGAUGAUGCUAAACGACAAAAAGUGAAUGUUAUCAUUGAUAAAUUGAUCACUCUUACAAUUGAAGAAGAACAAAUGUAUCCAUCAAUUCAAAUAAAAAUAUGGGGUAAAUUAGGUCAAGUACCACAACUGUUAGGACUUGUAUUAGAUAACUUUAUACAACGUUCUGUUAGUUGUGGUCUGGGAAGUCUACAAGCAGAGAUAAUGGCGGAUACAUCAGUUGCACUAGCAGCAGCAAAUAAACAACUUGUAUCGAAAAAAGUACUGUCAAAAUUGUGUCGUUUUAUCGAGAAAACUUGUUCUGCUCCAACAACCCUGCUGGAACAACAUCCAUUAUGGCCAGAAACUGCACCAUUACUACGAUAUUUAUUAAUGUUAUCAUUCAAUAAUUGUUUAGACAUCUGUACUCAUUUGCCUCGAUUAUUUCAUAUUGCCACCUUAUUGGUGUGUACUGGUCCACUUUCUCUACGAGCAUCUGUGCAUGGAUUUGUGAUUAAUGUGAUUCACUCACUUUGUACCUCAUCUUUGGCUAAACAAAUAUCAGAAAAAACAGUUCAUCAACUUCGUCAACUUUUAGCCGAAUUCACUUUACCAAAAUUCUACGAAGUAUUUGGUAUACAACAUGUGAAAUGUGCCCCGAUAAGUGCAUUUCCACAUUUUCGUCCAGGUGAAAGAUCAGGUUUAAUGGCAUCAACUGCUGGACCGAAUAAUUCAUCUCAUGUUGGUGCGGGUGGCGGUGUUGUUGGUGGUUCUACAGCCUUAAAUAUUCCACCACUUACUGGAUCUAUUGGAGCUAUUGUUUCAAAUUUACAUCAUAGUCAAGGAAGUAGUAGUAGUAUUAGUAGUAAUUGCAGUGGUGGUACAUGUACAUCAAUGUCAAUCGAUGGUGGUGGUGGGAGUGGUGGUGUAGAUUUAUUAAGCGGGAAAAAAGACACCAGUCUACGUACAUCGGAAUUAAAAAAACCAGAAUCAAAUCCUGCUAAUUCACAUCCAGUAUUAAUAAUGAUUGGUGAUAAUUGUGAUGAAGGAAGUGUUUGCCAGAGGAUGACAUCAUCGAUUGAAACACCUCAACGUACUAGACAAAUAAUCAAUGAUUCCGCUGAUAAUUGUGGACGAAAUCCAUACAGUCAACAACAACAGCAACAACAGCCUCAACAACAAAACCCACACCAACAACAGCAUACACGUACUACUGAUAUGUUCCAUGUCAAUUCAAGUAGUAGAAUGAAUUCAGCCUAUUCAGAUAAUUAUUCAUUUAGAUUCAAUCAAACACCCCAGUAUGUUCCACAUAUAUUUAAUCCAUAUGCAAAUAUACCAGCCUAUCUGACUGCACACAACGCAUCACAAUUAUCUGUUCCAUCUAUAGAUGGUUUAGAUAAACCUGAACGUCUGUCACUGAGUUCAUUAGAAUUUCUUACGGAUACUCUAUUAGAGAUUAUGAGUUUAGUGAUUAAAGAAGUACCGAAAUUUACUCAUUGGCUUGAUCAGUGGACACAAUUAGCUCGAAAAUUUGCAUUUCAACAUAAUCCAGCCUUACAACCACGUGCUAUCAUUGUCCUUGGAUGUAUUUGCAAAAGUUUCACUGAUACUGAUAUCAAACAAUUACUCUGUAUCAUGUCUAGAGCUCUAGCAUCGUAUGCAAAUGAAUUGAACAUGGAAAAAGAUUUACGGCAUAGAACUAUGAAUACUGGACAAGCAGAAUUGUAUCUUAUUGAAGCGAUAAUCAUUUGUUUAACUCGUCUCCUACCACUGUUACCGCCUGAUUCAGAAACACAUCAACCACUGUUUUGGAUUGCAUUAGGCAUAUUACAGUUAGAUGAAGUUUCAUUGUAUGCAGCUGGUUUAGCUCUACUUGAACAAAAUCUAUUAACACUUGAUCAAAAUGGAACAUUUGAACAUGAUUCACUCAGUACUAUCAUGAUGAGAUGUCGAGAACAAUUUAUUCUACAAUAUAAACAAAUGGAUCAUGCUGUUGGUCUUAGUUUUCGUGAUAGUUUUCAUUUUGCACUAGUCGGGCAUUUACUCAAAGGAUUUCGUCAUCCUGAUGCAAAAACUGUUGGCAGAACUAUACGUGUAUUAAAUCUACUGUUAAGUAUUGUUGCUAAACCAAUUAAUCGAGAUAAAUAUCAAGUUAGCCAUGAGAGUAUAGCCUAUCUGACAGCUCUACUGCCGGUAUCCGAGGAAGUGAGAAAACGAUGUCGACUGAAAUUUCGUAUACCAGGUACACUUGUCGGGACAGGGGAACAAGAAUCACAGUGUCCUACAAGUCAACCGAAUACACCGUCAAAUACUACCACUGCCACUACUAAUACUUAUACUAAUACUGGCAGUAGUACUACUAAUAUUUCUUCUACAACAAUUCAUACAACAAAGCACCAGUCGUCUUUUCCAAGUACAAUCUAUUCAAGUAAUAUUGAUUGGGUCGGUUCUGAUGAAAGUCUGAUUGAUUCAUCCUCUCAACAGACUAAUAAUCAACGUGGGCAUAAUUCUUCCCUCAGUUUGAUUAAAGCAUUAUUGCCGAAUCCUUUAAUUCAAUCAAAUUUAAGCCAAAGAAAUAAUCGUUCACGACCAGAGUUGAAUACAGGCAACUUUUCUCCAGCUAAUAAUCUAAUCCCAAGUGGUGAUUUCACUCAUCAACUACUUCUUCGUCCAACAUUAGAACGUCAAGGCAUCGGUAUCACACAAGAAACAAAUCAAGCUCACUUAACUUAUCAACAAUUAUCUAAGCGUCAACAAGGCAUUCUAUGCACUACAGAUAGUUUACGUUCACGUUCUAUUGACGAGUGUAUAUCAGGCAAUGUAAUUGCUACAAAUACUGAACGAUAUGGUACUGCUAAUUCAUCACAGCAUAAUAAAGAUGAGACAGUAGAUAAUCAAGUAGUGGUUAAUGGUAGUGAAUUUGAUGAGAGCGGUAAUCAGAUUAAUCAAAGAGAACAACAAUUAUUGCCAAGAAACAUGCCAUCAGAACAAAAACCGCCAACUGGUGUUCUCCUUGAUCCAAGUAUACUUACAGAUGAGGCAACUCAAGCUUUAACAAUUGCUGUACUGACUACUUUGGUGCGUUAUACAACAGAUGAAAAUGAGUCAAGAGUUUUGUAUGAAUUCUUAGCAGAUGCUUCUAUGGUUUUUCCUCGUGUAUUUCCUGUGAUACACAGUUUGUUAGAUUCAAAAAUCAACUAUGUUCUAACACAUUGUCAUGAUCAAAAAAUUCUAAGCGCUGUUCAAAGUAUCAUACAAAAUAUGAUCAGUAGUGGAGAAACCUCUGUACAACAAUUACACUAUUUGCAAAGUAUCGGUUUUGGUGGACUUUGGAGGUUUUCAGGACACUUUUCAAAGGCAAAUCAAAAUGCAGACACUGCUCAAUUAUUUGUCAAUUUUCUUGAAGUAUUAAUUGAUUCACAUUUACCUGGUGAAGAUUUAAGAACAUCGUAUACACCAGUUAUUGGUUUAAGCAAUACAGGACGUGCUGGUAAUUUAUCCAGUGACUCAUCAUUAAGUCUGUCCAGUGUACAUGGUCCAAUGAAUGAGAUGUCAACAGCUAAUGUUGCAGCUGGUGCGACUGUUUCUCAUACUACCACGACUGCAAGCAAUAAUAAUAGUAAUAGUAGUAAUGUUGAUCCUCUAACAAAUGGCAAUGAUAAAGAUGGACCUGUUUCAAUAUCACCGAUUACAUUAGUCAAUGUACCAUGUGGUUUAGUAAAUAAUGAUCAUGAAGAACGCAGAAGUAGUCUGUCCACUAUUGGUCCAGUGUCUAAAGAUCAACAAGACUUGGAGUCGGAAUAUUUCAAUGCUAGUAGAAGAAGAAGAUCUGGAUCAAAUGUCAGCGGUUUUGAACACAUUAUGCAAUAA